UGUUAUUCUAUUUUGCUCUCGAGUGUCUAUAGAUUGUUUUGGGGAUGAUCGAUUUCAUGACACCCACACCGGAAGCGAUAACGGUGUACUGUUUAGGGAGGAGCAGGGAGCUGCUUACAUCUACAAAAUAAAAUGAUUCGGUUUAUUCUCAUUCAAAAUCGAGCUGGGAAAACAAGAUUAGCAAAAUGGUAUAUGGCUUUCGAUGACGACGAAAAGCAGAAGCUGAUAGAAGAAGUCCAUGCUCUGGUCACUGUUAGGGAUGCCAAACACACAAACUUUGUUGAAUUCAGGAAUUUUAAGAUCGUAUAUCGCCGGUAUGCUGGUUUAUAUUUCUGCAUAUGUGUAGAUGUUAGUGACAAUAAUUUAGCCUAUUUAGAAGCUAUACACAAUUUUGUUGAGGUGCUGAAUGAAUAUUUCCAUAAUGUCUGUGAGUUAGACUUGGUCUUCAAUUUCUACAAAGUGUACUCUGUUGUUGAUGAAAUGUUUCUUGCUGGCGAGAUUCGAGAAACCAGUCAGACCAAAGUCCUCAAACAAUUGAUGGAGCUGCAACAGUUAGAGUAGUUUAGGUUUAUGUUUUAUAUUCAUAAAUGUUAUCAUGUUAGAUUGUAAAUAAAUGUCCAAAUUGAUCUCACUAUUAUA